AUGUGGAUUUCGAGCCACAACAAAACCUUCGAAGUCCAGGAGGUUCCUGUUGCCCUGUUCGAUGAAUUCCGUAUGCUCUCUGACCAGUUUUCCAAUAGCAAGUACUUCUGGGGAGCUUGUUUACCAUUGUAUCACCCCACCAAGCCAGAUGUUAAACCAGCCUUAUCUUAUAUGAAAUACGGACCCGCGAGUCGCGGGACGCGAAUCCACCCAACCAUGCAGAAACACUUGUUACGAUUAUCGUUGGACGCGGCGCAGCUGUGCCUUGAACAAAAAUUGUACUCGGAGGCAUCUUGGUUGCUGACCCAUGCCAAACAAUUUAUUCGGGGCGAAGAACUUAUCUCCUCCGAACAGCCCUCAGAGAGGUCCAACCAACUAACAACUCUUGGAUAUGAUCCAUUAUUGGCUGGAAUGUGUGUGCAAUAG